AUGAGACUACUUGUUCUGCUCGUGUGGGUGGGAGCUGCUGUGGCUGUUCCCCGGGAGGAUGGCAGGAUCAUUGGGGGGUACGAGUGCAUCCCUAACUCCAGACCCUGGAUGGCGUCUCUUAACUACGGAUACCACUUCUGCGGGGCGGUGCUCAUCAAUGACCAGUGGUUGCUCUCUGUCGCCCACUGCUGUCCUUAUGCCAUGCAAAUCAUGCUGGGGGAACACGACCUGCGAGUGUUUGAGGGCACCGAGCAGCUCAUGAAGACUGACACCAUCAUCUGGCACCCCAGAUAUGACUACCAGACCCUGGACUACGACAUCAUGCUGAUCAAGCUGUUCCACCCGGUCACCAUCACGGAUGCCGUGAAACCCGUCCCGCUUCCCAGCGGCUGCCCCUACAGCGGCGUCCCCUGCUCCGUAUCCGGCUGGGGCUACACCGACACCGAGGCUACCACCUCGCCCGCCCGCCUGCAGUGUCUGGAUGUGCCCGUCUUGGAUGACAAAGAGUGUCACAAUGCCUAUCCUGGCAUGAUCACCCGCCACAUGUUUUGCGCCGGUUACAUGGACGGCGGCAGGGAUGCCUGCAACGGUGACUCGGGAAGCCCCCUGGUGUGCUUGGGCGAGGUGCACGGCCUGGUGUCAUGGGGUCAGGGUUGCGCUCAACCCGGGUACCCCGGUGUCUACACCAAAGUGUGCGAGUUCAUUCCUUGGAUCAAGGAGACGAUGGACGCCUAUUAG